AUGGAUGGAAUAGUCAGGAGCUGCCAAGGCGAUGAGGGUAUCCGUGUAGGAGAUGUGGAAACGAGAAGGUUGCUGUUUGCAGACGACCUUAUUUUACUGGCAUCUACAAUAGAUCUACAGUGCUCCGUAGAAAGAUUCGCAGUCGAGUGCGACGCGACCGGCAUGCGUAUGAACGCAUCUAAAACGCAAAACCUACUGCUUUCUCGUUUUCUUGCCCGCUGCUUUCUUGAGAUUAACGGAGAGGCAGUGGAGCAGGUGGAGAAGUUCAAGUAUUUCGGAAUCACGAUCACAACUGAUGCAAAGUUUGAGGACGAGAUCGACUGGCGAAUUGGAGUAGACAGUGGCGUUCUGUGUGAACUAGUUUAA